UCGCUUCCGGUUACGCCCAUCACCUAACGGAAGUGGCUUUCUUUCCGCUGUGAUCGCGUCUCGGUAUUAACUCGUCGAACUCCUCCCCUCCGUGUAAGUUUUUAGAGAGGGAGGCAUCACCAUGACCGAGAAUGAUGUUGACAAUGAGCUGCUGGAUUAUGAAGAUGAUGAGGUGGAAACCCAAGCAGCUGGAGAAGGGGUAGAUGUCCCAUCUAAGAAAGACGUCAAGGGAUCCUAUGUCUCCAUCCACAGUUCUGGCUUCCGUGAUUUCCUAUUAAAACCAGAACUCUUGCGUGCCAUUGUUGAUUGUGGCUUUGAGCACCCUUCAGAAGUGCAACACGAGUGCAUCCCACAGGCAAUCUUGGGCAUGGAUGUCCUGUGCCAGGCCAAGUCUGGCAUGGGCAAGACUGCUGUCUUUGUUCUCGCUACACUUCAACAGUUGGAACCAAUAACAGGACAGGUUUCUGUACUGGUGAUGUGUCACACGCGUGAACUGGCCUUCCAGAUUAGUAAAGAAUACGAACGGUUCUCCAAGUACAUGCCCAGUGUCAAGGUAGCAGUGUUCUUUGGGGGCCUGUCCAUCAAGAAGGAUGAAGAGGUUCUGAAGAAGAACUGCCCCCACAUUGUGGUGGGGACCCCGGGCCGCAUCCUGGCUUUGGCCCGCAACAAGAGCCUUAACCUCAAACAUAUCAAGCAUUUCAUCCUGGACGAAUGUGACAAAAUGCUUGAGCAGCUUGAUAUGCGUCGAGAUGUCCAGGAGAUCUUCCGCAUGACCCUGCAUGAAAAGCAGGUCAUGAUGUUCAGUGCUACUCUCGGCAAGGAAAUCCGCCCCGUGUGCCGCAAAUUCAUGCAAGACCCUAUGGAGAUCUUCGUGGAUGACGAGACCAAGCUGACGCUGCAUGGUCUGCAGCAGUACUAUUUGUCCGAGGAGGCUUAAAAAAAAAACCUAAAGAAGGUGAUUGGUGUUCCUUAGGGUUGACUUUCCUCUUCCUUUGCCCAGGUGGUCAUCUUUGUGAAGUCCGUGCAGCGUUGCAUAGCUCUGGCUCAGCUUUUGGUGGAACAGAACUUUCCAGCCAUUGCCAUCCAUAGGGGCAUGCCGCAGGAGGAGAGAUUGUCGCGGUACCAGCAGUUCAAGGAUUUCCAGCGUCGUAUCUUGGUAGCCACCAAUCUCUUUGGCCGUGGCAUGGAUAUCGAGCGAGUCAACAUCGCUUUCAACUACGAUAUGCCAGAGGAUUCGGACACUUAUUUGCACCGGGUGGCUCGUGCUGGCCGCUUUGGCACAAAGGGCCUGGCAAUCACUUUUGUGUCCGAUGAGAACGAUGCUAAGAUCCUAAAUGAAGUGCAGGAUCGCUUUGAAGUGAACAUCAGCGAACUGCCUGACGAAAUCGAUAUCUCCUCCUACAGUGAGUCUGUUUUACCGAUUUCUCCUCCACUGACGAUCACAACAACAAAAGUUUGUGUUAACUAAUUGAACAGACCCGAUAAAAGGGGGGGGCUCGCCUCUCCAUGUUGACCUUGGUUUUAAUUCCUGACCUCUGCCACUUUCCUAAAACUUCACAUUUAAUUUCACCUGAUGGAGAAAGAAGUGACUUGACUGUCUGGAAUACAAACCCACCCCAGUCCUGUGGCAGGGACAGAAGAGCUUCUGUCACUUAGCUACGUGUAGUAGUGGAAAAAAGGCCGAUCACAGCAAACCUCCAUUGCUCAUUGAGGUUGGAAGCCUCAUUGCUCGACCGGCACCCAAGAUGAAAGCAGCACCUUCCUGUCGAUGCUUUUAACACAAAAAGAGACUUGACUUUCAGUUGGAUGUUCACUGCCUGCCUACCAGCAAGGUUUUUUUGGGUGGGGGAUUCCACAUGUUGCAUUGCUCCUCUCUGUUCUCCAGUCAGCAUGUCAUCUUCCCCACUGCUCUGACAGGAAGCACAAAAGAAAAGGGGGAGGGAGCUGAGAUGGGAGGGUUGCUCUUGUGAAUUUGUGGCAUUCAAAAAUUGUGUUUUGUUUUAAAUGGUGUGUCUUCCUCGAACGGGAGAAACUUAAGAAAACAAGCUUCCUUUUAUAACGCGCUCUCAUGCCAUUUUAAAAUCCGCUUUUAAUUUUUUUCCCCCCUCCCCUGUGUAUUCCUCAUGGCUUUGAACUUUGUCUGCAUGUUAACAUUACUUCCAUCCCUGCUGGUAUCUUCUGGCGGGAAACUAGUAGUGAAAGUUAGUCAUGUUUUAGCUGUGGCUUGUUCUCUCUUUCUCUCUCUCCCUCCCUUUGAGACCCUCUUAUUAUUAUUUUUGGUAAUAAAGGAGCCCAGCUCUUAAGGGUGACUGAUUAAACUAGUCUUGUGAAUAAA